AAGCGAAAACAACCAGAAACUACCAGGGGCUUGAGCACCAACUUCACGUUUCUCAGCCCUUGGAAGCGUUCGGGCUCCCGUGGAACGGGGCAGUGAGAGCCCUACCCCCGCCCCGCUCCCCACCCGGCGGGACACCCAUUCCUUGCCGUGCCGUUCCAUGCGCGGAGGGGCGCCGCAGCCCUGCCCGCGGCUGCCAUGCGUGUGCGCGGCGGCGGGGCUGCCCGCGCUGCCGCUGGGCGCCGGCGGUCCCGCAGCGCAGGGCUCCCCGCGGCCAAGGACCGGCGGCCGGGGCAGGUGCGCGCUGCGUCUCCGCGCUGCCCCCCCCCGCAGGCGGCGGCUAACCGGAUGCCUUUGGCGGGCAGAAGAUGUGUCAUGGGAAGCAGGCGAGCGGCGGCGGUGCCCUCCCGGCGGCGCGGCGGCGGGCGCUGGCCGCGGCGCUCUGGAUGCAGCUGGCGCUGAGCAUCGGCCCGGGGCCGGCGGCGGGCGGGUUUGAUGACCUGCAUGCUUGUGCUGACCCUGGAGCUCCUGAACAUGGAUACAAGACACCCAGUGCAGGUGUAUUCUUUGAAAGCGUGGUAGUCCGGUUUCAUUGCCAAGAAGGAUACAGGCUUAAUGGUACUUCAAAAAAACUUUGUGUGAGACACUUUAACGGCUCCCUGAGCUGGAAACCAAGUGAUAAACCUGUGUGCCUACAAGAAGUCACAGAUUGCCUUGUUCCACACGUUGAAGAUGCAGAGGUUCAUAACAAGACAUACAGGACUGGCGAUAAAUUAAUAAUCAGCUGUCAUGAAGGAUUCCAGAUCCGUUACCCUGACUUAGACAACAUGGUUUCAAUAUGUCAAGACGAUGGAACAUGGGAUAAUCUGCCCAUUUGUCAAGGUUGCCUGAGGCCAUUGGUUCUUCCUCAUAGUUACAUUAACGUAUCUGAGUUUGAGGCCUCCUUCCCCGUAGGAACAGUGGUGCAUUAUCAAUGCUUUCCUGGAUAUAAACUAGAAGGAGCAGAGCUCCUUGAGUGCAUGUAUAACCUUAUCUGGUCAGAUAGCCCACCUAGGUGCCUUGAUGUGGAAGUUUGUCCACUACCUCCAAUGGUGAGCCAUGGAGACUACAUCUGCCACCCGCGGCCUUGCGAGCGUUACAACCACGGGACGGUGGUGGAGUUUUACUGUGAUCCUGGUUACACCCUCACCAACGACUAUAAGUACAUCACCUGCCAGUAUGGAGAGUGGUUCCCCUCCUACCAAGUAUACUGUGUCAAAACAGAACAAACCUGGCCAAAUACACAGGAGACCCUCCUGACUACAUGGAAAAUAGUGGCAUUUACUGCUACCAGCGUUUUAUUAGUACUGCUACUGGUUAUUUUAGCCAGGAUGUUCCAGACCAAAUUUAAGACACAUUUCCUUCCACGAGGCAACCAGGAGGGCUCCAUGGGUGACCCCGACUUUGUGGUGGUGGAUGGUGUUCCUGUCAUGCUGCCUUCCUAUGAUGAAGCUGUGAGCAGCGGCUUGAAUGCUCUGGCACCCGGAUACUCAGCUACCGCAGACCAGGGGCAUAUUUUGCAGACAGAAGACCAGAACCCUCCUGCUUACCCCGGCCCCAGGAUUACAGACACGCUGCCUAGCGAAUCUGAGACCUGUGACAACAGGUCAGAGUCCUCUGAACUGCUCCAAAGCUUGUACCCAUCCCAGGCAUGCCAAGAGGCAGCACUUCCUGGUUCAGAUAGAACUGAUGUAUCCCAUGGCACUGCUGGGGAGGCUGCGUCCACGAGUCCACGGAUUGAUAUUGCAGAUGAGAUUCCUUUGAUGGAAGAAGACCCUUAGCCUGCACAGAGACCGGUCUUCAUUGAAUUGCACUGUUGGGUGGUGUGAAUCAUGAGCAUCUAGAGAUAGAAAAGACUAUCUGUGGAUUUGGGGAGGGUUUUUUCCUACAUAUCAAUCUUCCACGUGAUGAUGUCACCAGGUUAGGUGUGCAUCUUAAUCCACAGCAGGGAUAAGAGCAUCAGCAUUUGGAACAGCAGCAGUUUUAUGAAUGAAUCCUGGGGAUUUGAUGUGAGCAGAUGUAGAAAAAGAACUGUGGCUUUUUAGAAAUGAAAUGUAUCUCUGCAUCGCAGAAAGUCAUAUGGUUCUGUAAGAAAUGCUAUUGGAUUUUGAUACUAACUGCCUCAGCAUGUCAAAGUAUGUAAAUUUGCUUAUAAAGACUGCUUUAAAUGAUCUAUGGACCUCCAGUUUAUGAAGAAUCCUUUAAAAAAAUACUAGUACUGAAACACACAAAAAGAGGAAAGAUCCUCUUUGGCUUUCCUACAGUGAUCAGGAAGCUUUUGAUUUAGCUGUUGGUGAUUUUGUUUCAGACCAUGUCUGCAGAAAAUAUAACAGAGACAAUGGGAUUCAUAUAUACUUUAAUGUAUGAUAGCAAAUAUAUAUAAAUAUAUAUAUAUAUAUAUUUAAAAACUCUUAAAGAGAAAGAAAAGGAAAGACUCCAAGGUCACAUAAUGAUCUGGAGAUUUUUUUAAAGGCAAGGCAGAAUUUAUAUCCUAUUCAAUAUUCAAGGUAAAGUAUCGGUAUUUGUAUUUAUGCAAGACUUCUGUGACUACAUUGCAUUUGAUAAAUCCUGCUAUAAUAUGAGAGAUCUAGAAAAUGUCAAACUUACUAAAAUACGUGCUUAAGAAAUGUUGAACUGCCCUGCUUCAACCUUUCUUAAGCUCUUACAACAUAUACGUAUAUAUACCAGAGUAAUCUACAGUCAUAGCCCAGAGCACUGCCUUGUCCCUGUACAUUGUGGUAGUAUUCUGAGCCAUUAUUGUAGAAUACUUUUUAAAGAAACAAUAAAGUUCAGUUUCAGUUCUUUUGACUUAA